AUGAGGCAGGAAACUAGGAACACUGAUUCUGCUCUUCAAAAGACACAAGGUCUGUUGAUUUCAGGCCUUUGUGCUGUCUUAGAGGUGUGUAAUGUUUCUGAUGGGGAUAAAACAUCUAAGCUUGCCCAUGCAGCUGUUUUAUUGUUGACAGUAAAUCGAGAGUUCAACAUGAAACGCAGGGACUUGAUUCGUCCUGAUCUUAACAAGCAGUAUGGUGCGUUGUGCAACCCAUCAACGGCCAUUUCAACUUAUCUCUUUGGUGAUGAGUUGAAUAAAGAAGUGGAGGAGCUUACUAAAUCCAAUAAGCUUAGCAACAAAGUUCUCACCAAGCCUCGUUCGGAUUACCGUGCAGAACCUUACAGGGUACCCUUUGGCAGAGGUGCACGUGGACGAGGUCGUUUUAAUCAGACUAGCGGUCGAGGUCGCGGAUCAAAGUCGUACUCCUCUUUUUUAGGGGUAAGCCGGGGUCACGGGCGGACCCCGACAAGCACCAAGACAUCAGUCAACAAAGGAAAUUAGAAUCACCAACCGAGGUAAGUAAUGAUGCUAUCGCUACGUUAAUUGCUAAUCAGCCACCAUUUAAGGCAGGUGGUUUGAAAGAUUGUGUACAUGCUUGGACAGAAAUUACAUCAGAUCUAUUUAUUUUGGAUGCUGUGACUCAUUGUCAUCUUGAAUUUGAUUCCUUACCAGAGUCAAAUGUUAGUAAUACUAGACCAUAUUUUACUUUUAAUGAGACUGAGCAAACUGUCAUAGAUGGGGAAAUUGAAAAGUUUCUCCAAAAAGGAAUAAUUAGGCAUUCCGUUCCUGAAUCUGGUGAAGUGUUGUCACCUAUGUUUAUUACACCUAAAAAAGAUGGAACUAGUAGAGUAAUUUUCAAUUUAAAGGCACUCAAUCAAUUUGUCUCAUAUCACCAUUUUAAAAUGGAUACUUUAGAUACUGCUAUCAGACUUAUGAGACCUGGUUGCUUCGUGACCUCCAUUGAUCUUAAAGGUGCUUAUUAUUCUAUUCCUAUAGCAUUGAAGCAUCAAAAAUAUUUAAAAUUUAUAUGGUGGGAUAAAUUGUAUUGUUUCACUUGUUUGCCAAUGGGUUUGUCAAGUAGUCCUAGAGUUUUUACAAAGGUCAUGAAGCCAGUUUUUGGCACACUUAGAUCUCAGUUUGGACACACCUGUUUUGGCUAUAUUGAUGACUCCUUUUAUACAGAGGGGUCUCACACGGAAUGUCUACAAGGCUACCCUUAAUGCAGUCAAGUUGAUUAUUAAUUUGGGUUUUAAAGCCCACCCUGAUAAAUCAGUUACUUUAUCCUCACAAUGUAUAGAAUUUCUUGGGUUUCUUUUGAAUUCUGUAACUAUGACCGUUACUCUUACACCUGAUAAGAAAGCAAAACUUAUCCGAUUGUGUCAGACGUUUUUGCGCCCCAAACACAUUGUUUACUAUUCGCCAGGUGGCUUCUUUGAUUGGUUCUCUAGUUUCAUCUUUUCCUGGAGUUGAGUUUGGCCCUCUUCAUUAUCGUCAUAUUGAGACAGACAAAGAUUAUUAUUUACGAAUGCAUCAAGGUAAUUUUGAUGCAGAAAUGUCUUUGUCUGCUGACAGUUUAGAGGAGAUUCAUUGGUGGGUAAAUAACAUUCAGUUGUCCACUAGAAAAAUCUAUCAUACCACUCCAGAUAUCACCAUUUACACUGAUGCAUCUGGAACAGGAUGGGGAGCCAAGCUUGAGAAUGGGGGUACAACAUGUGGCAUUUGGUCACACGAUGAAACUGAAAAACAUAUAAAUUGUUUGGAAUUAUUGGCCAUUCAAUUAGCCCUUUUUUCUUUGUUGCGUGAUAGAAGUAGCAUACAUGUGCGUAUGUGUGCGGAUUAUGUGUGAUAACACAACUGCUGUCACAUACAUUAAUGAAAUGGGUGGAUGUAGAUCUGUAGAGUGCAAUACUAUUGCUCAAACAAUUUGGCGUUGGGCCAUUGCCAAGGGAAUUUGGUUGUCAGCAGCGCAUAUUGCCGGAUCUGCCAAUGUUGAUGCUGACCAAUUGUCCCGAAAUUUAAAUUUAAAUUUGGAAUGGAUGUUAGCUUUACCUACUUUCCAAAGAAUUGUCUCAUUAUUUGGCCAACCAGACAUAGAUCUUUUUGCUAGAAGGUUGAAUGCCCAACUCCAAGAUUAUGUUUCUUGGAAACCACAUCCAAAGGCUAAAUUCAUAGACGCCUUUUCGAUCACAUGGUCAUGGUUUUAUUUUUAUGCAUUCCCCCCAUUUUGUCUUGUAUCUAGAUGUGUGCAAAAGAUCAUACAAGACAGGGCAACCGGAAUUCUUGUGCUUCCGCUAUGGACUACCCAAACAUUCUUUACGGUAGUUCUCAGUCUGUUAGUCGAUGUUCCACGGAUUCUCAAAGUAACUCACCAGAACCUGGUUCAUCCCACGUUCGACAGUCCUCAUCCACUUCAGGAUCAACUGAAGUUUAUUGUAUGCAAGUUAUCCGGAGAUCUUUGUGCGAGUCAGAUAUUCCAACAGACAUUAUCAACACAAUCAUGCAUUCCUGGAGAGACAGUACUCAUAAACAGUAUGGUAACUAUAUCAACAAAUGGUUGCAGUUUUGUGUUCAGCGGUCGUAUGAUCCCUUGCAUCCCACUAUAAAGUGUGUAUGAUGUUUUUGUAUUCGUUGUACAAAAAAGGUAUGAGUUAUUCUUCACUUAAUACGACGCGUUCUGCUAUAUGAAAUCUAUGUGUCAAUCGGCAAACAUUUUCUAAUUUGUCGUUAUCUCAAAGGAGUGUUCAAUGAAAUGAAACCGGUCCCAAAAUAUCAUUCUAUAUGGCCAGUUGACCUUGUCCUUGAUUAUUUGUCCACCUUGUGGCCUUUAGAAAAGCUAUCUCUGAAGGAACUUACUUUGAAAUUAGUAACAUUGAUAGCGCUCACAACGGGACAAAGGUGUCAGACUUUGACGUUUUUAGAUAUUUCUGCUGAUUAUAUGUCUAAGACGGAUGAUUCUGAUCGAUUUGCGCUUACAGAACACGUCAAACAAGACCGACUUGGCAAAGUAUUUGGAAAUCUGUGUUUGUAUAAGUAUACUGAUACGGAGCUGUGUGUGUAUGGAACAUUAGAAUAUUAUAUGAGUGUCACUGAGAAGUUGCGGACUUCUACAAAACUAUUAGUGUCCUUUGUUAAAUAA